AUGUUCAAUCGACACCUCUGGGACAUACCAUUCGACAUCUAUCCUAUGCAGCGUUACUACGUCCUCGCCAUUUACGUUCUUUUCUCCAUUGCGACGGGCUUGAUCAAGAUGUCGAUCCUGCUGUUUUACCGCCGUCUAUCGUCCCGCGCUGUGUCAGAGACGUAUCGGUGGACACUGCGUAUCUUGAUUGCGAUCAUUGCCAUCCAUACCAUAAUCUUUGUGUGCGUUACGAUCUUGAUGUGUAACCCAGUCUCCGCAUUCUGGAAACAGGAGGACUUCUUGCUGGUCGCGUCAGGCAAAUAUGAGUUCAAGUGCAUGAACGAGGGAGCUGAAAUUGUGUCGAACGGGGAUUUCUUCGCUGCAUCUCUCCCCGCCGUACUCUGUUGGAAUCUCCAAAUGAAUUUACGAAAGAAGAUCGCACUGUACUGCGUGUUCGCCGUCAGCUAUGUCGUAGUUGCUUUCGGUGCCCUGCGAACCUAUAGCUCUUAUCGAUUGUUCUUCCAAACGUCCCUCCUCGAAGUCCACGUCGGCGCCAUGUGCGCCAACGCCCCCACCUUCCGUGUCUUCUACCUCCACUACUUCGGAAGCGGACCGUCGAGCUCGAACGGAACAACAUCAUCGUCCUUCAAAUCGAAAAUCUCGUUCUGGAAGAAAGGCUCAUCGCCCAGUAGCAGAGGCUAUAUCUUGGAAUCACAUAGCUCCAAGCAUGGCAACAUCGUUCAGACGAGCGCAUCGUUCGGCGGCGAGAAGCCGGAAGAUGUCGAGAUGGGAAGGAUUCAUGCAGCUACACACAUGUCUGUGGUGAGCACGAAUGUUCAGGCGUUACCGCCGGUGGCACCUGCGCCGUGGAAGAAUUGGGCGAGGAAGACUUAG